AUGGCUGAAGAAAGUCAGAACAUUGCCUUGAUUUUUGGCGCGUCAGGAAUUUCUGGCUGGUCAUUGAUGCGCGAAUGCCUCUCUCACGGGACAAAACACACUUUCUCUCGUGUCAUAGGCUUGAGCAAUCGACCCUUGUCUAGAGAGGCGACAGGUAUCCCCGAUGAUCCACGGCUGGCGAUACAUACUGGCUUGGAUCUUACUAACCAGUCUUCCACUUGCCAAAAACUGGAAACGAUCCCCAAUAUCCGCGACGUGACACAUGUGUACUUUCGAGAUGUGGUGGAGGUGAACUCGGCGAUUGUUGACAACGCUCUCGUCGCAGUCAACAAACUCUGCCCAAAGCUGAGAUUCGGCUAUGGUGCAGCCGGUCACCCGUUCCCCCCUGCACCUUGGAAAGAAGAUCUGCCCCGUCUUCCGGAACCGUUUGCGUCAGACAUCUUCUACUAUGCGCAGUAUGAUGUUGUUGCCAAACAUGCAGCUCAGAAUUCCUGGAAAUGGUCCGAGAUCAGACCAUCCUUUCUUGUACGGUUUGUUCCGAAUGGAAACGCCAUGAACAUAGCUCAUUCACUUGGCCUUUAUCUUUCUUUCUAUCGCUCUGAAAUGGGUGGUUCUGCUAAUUGUGUAUUUCCUGGAACUGCAGAGUCUUGGACACCACUUCAUACAGAUUCAUUCCAAGACUUGGUGGCGCGACUACACAUCCACGUCUCAUUGCACCCUGAGAAAUCCAAUGGACGUUCCUUUAACAGCGGGGAUGGAAAGUCAGUUUCAUGGGAAAUGAAAUGGCCGAUUGUCUGCGGCUAUUUUGGCCUGACUGGAGUCGGACCUUCAGCAACGGUCGGAGGACAAGCUCAUGGUAAAGAGUGGUUGAUAGCCCACAAAGACUCUUGGUUGACAUGGACUAAGGAGAAUGGACUCGGAGCAAAAUCUUUGGAUGAUGCUUGGUCAGAUAUUCUUGUCACAUCUUUAUCCAUGCCGGUCCGGAUAGACUUUGAUCUCGGUGCCUCUCGGGAGAUCGGGUUCUCAGAGUCCAUGGAACCAGGCGAAGGUUUUCUGCUGGCAUUCGAUCGACUGAGGGAGGCGAAGUUUCUACCCUAG